UAUUUUCUUCAUAUAGGCCAGUCGUAUUUAUUUAAAUAACAUAUAAAAAUAUCCUUGGGACAUACACUAAAGAAACAUGUGCAUGAUUGGUACAUUUACUUUCUUGCCAAUACCAAUUAGGUAAUUUUAAAUCUGCGAUGAUGAGAUGAGUGUGGAAGAUGUCACGUCACAAGCAACAAACACGUGUAUCGCCAUUUUUAAAGCAAUGUUUCGUAACAUUCGGGGCAUCGGUGAACAUGGGCGGCGCGACAAUGGUGCUGGCCUACUCCACCGGACUGGUGCUGCAGCUCCGGAGACCUGGCUCCGAGAUCCCUGUCAGCAUCGCCGAGGAGUCCUGGAUUGCCGCUAUGCCAGCUGUAUUCAGCUUACUAGGAAGCUGUUUGACAGCCAUGGGGAUGUCUCUGAUCGGCCGCAGGUACACUCAGAUCGCGAGCAUCAUUGUCGUGAUCGUCGGCUGGCUUUUCAUCGUAUUCGCAAAGGACAUCACUGUCAUUCUCGUAGGACGCUUCUUCCACGGCAUAGCAAUGGGAGCCAGCAUGCUAUUGACUCCUAUAAUAAACGCUGAAUACUCCAGCCCAAAAUAUCGAGGAACGUUUAUGCCGGUCGCGAGUUUGCUGGCAUCUCUUAACGUAUUGAUCUCACACAGCACUGCAUUGUACUUGAGCUGGAGGACGAACGCUAUAAUUUGUACUGCCAUAGCUAUAGCCAAUUUACUGAUAGCUGUAUGCUCUCCAGAAUCUCCAAGUUGGUUAGCAGCUAGACGAAGGUACGAUGACUGCAGACAUGCCUUCCGGUGGCUGCGAGGUGACGACGAAGAAGAAGAAUUGACCAAUAUGAUCGACGCAUGUGAAAUGCUACACAAAUCAAAAAUAGAAAACGGCAAAGCUUCAAAUAUGACUAUCGGAAAGAAGAUUGCUGAGUUCAAAACGAUAAUGAUGAAGAAGGAAUUCUACAAACCAGUAUUAAUAAUGUUUCACGUGUACACGGCGGGGUUAUGGGCGGCAAGUUGGAUUCUGUCAACAUUCGUGUUUGAUCUCAUCCCUAGUGUGGUGGGGGAAGGUUACAAUCACCACGCUCUGGGUUUGAAUAUCCACAGAUUUGUAGGAGGUGUUGUAGCUAUUUAUUUCAUAACGAAAAUUAGAAGAAGAGUUUUAUUUCUGGUGGUAUCUGCUUUGACAGUGAUAAUUUUACUAGCCACUGCAGCGUUUACUUAUGCAAAAUCAAUAGGCGUUUUGACGUCUGAUUUACCAGCUUUAGGAUUAUUUUUACUGCAUUUACACACGGUCGUUUUAGCUAUUUGUAUGAUGCCUUUGCCGUUUAUCAUAGGUGGAGAAAUAUUCCCUUUGAGGUACAAAAGUUUUGGGAGUGGUGUGAGCAGCACAUUCUUUUUUGUAGGCACAGCGAUUCUGCUCAAGUCGUUCCCGUUUCUAUUAAACAGCGUAGGAGUCCAUGGAACAUACACCAUAUAUUCCUGUAUAAUAUUAUAUUGUUUAGUGAUAUUGUAUUUCUAUUUACCGGAAACUAAAGAUAAGACUUUGCAAGAGAUAGAAGAAGAAAUGAUAGGCAAACCUUGCAGCUCGGACGAAAUGAAAUCAGUUCAGCAGACGUUAUUAAAUGAACCUGUAAUCAACGAAUAGUUAUAGGUUAACUAGACUGAUUAAAUAAUUUUCAUGAUAUUGUCUUUUUGUUUGGUUCCUAUUUAAAUAAUUUAGUAUUAAAUUCUUUUCACGUUCCUAAAGUGUACGUACAACUCGAUCAAGAGAGAAUAUUCAGUUAAAUCUUGUUACAGAUGAACUACAUUGAAUCGCUUGUUCCGAUUUUUGCCAUGUUGGAAACUAUGAAGUUGAACGAUGGUGGCACCCACUUCUCAAUGUGUUGCGUGGGACGGUUCAGUGUAGUUCAUCUAAAUUUUUUUUGACUUCAGAGAGUCGUUAGUUCAAUGUUUGCUCCAUAGAUAUUUAUCAAAAAAUCUGUUGUCAAGUUACAAGAUGUAGCCUCUUUCUUUGGAACAAUGACAUCUUAGGAGUAUUCAUAAUUAUGCAGCGUCUUUGUCUAGAAAUUCCAUUGUAAAUUGUUUCAAUGGAACACUAUCGUGUAUGGCAACAAUAAUGUACCAAGUAUUAGUAGGUACCCUAAGUACCUAACUCAUUAAGUUCAUCAAACUUUUCUUAGGUACAUAUUAUCUAAAUAUACUAGAUGUUACCAAUCCGUGCGAUGUGGGAAUCUUUGGGGGAGGCCUAUGUUCAGCAGUGGACGUCCUGUGGCUGAAAUGAUGAUGACUAGAUGUUGGUUUUCAGCAUAAUCCCUCAUAUGUACCUAUGUGAAUAUUUUUAUGAAUAAGUGGUUCUUUGAAGUGUAUUGGUACCUUAAAAUAAAUAUAUGCAUAAUUCAAUGUGAUAGUAGGUGCGAUUUUACAAAAGUGAAGGAAUUUUGAAUAACACAUUUUAAACAUCUGACAAUCGCAUUUUAGGUUUAUUUACGUUUAUUAUUUCAACCUAACUAGAAUAAGUUAUUCAUUAGAAUAUCACAAUAAUUUGUCAAAUUAUUUUAUUAU